CCUUCUCUCACCACCAAGCCUUCUCUCACCACCAAAGACCAAGCCUUCUCUCACCACCAAGCCUCUCACCACAUCCCAUAAAUCUUUCAUUCCUUGUUUUAAAUAUCAUGGUGAGCAAAUCGGAAUACUAUCGAAGACGACUCAAACAGAAAGAUCCUCAAGGGUAUGCCAAGUAUCUUGAAAAGCAAGCAGUUGCUGCCAAACAUAGGCGAGUCAAGCUGCGGGAAGCCUUAUCAAAACCGAAACCUACCAAGCAAAGCCUCGCCCUAAAAGAAAAACAAAGGGAGCAAGCGAGACUGCGACAGAAAGCAUAUAUGGAACGGAAAAAAACUCAAAAUGCAAAACAACCAUGUGUCAAAGUUAAGCAAGAGUUUGAACUGCCACAGCCACCGAGCUCUUCAAAAGACGCAUCCACAUCAUCAAACACGGAAACCAGGCGUGCAUAUUGGUGCAAGAGGAAACAAUCUGAAAGACUAAGAUCAAAGACCAAAGCUACCCAGCAAGAAAAACAAAGUGAGCACGGGAGACAACGACAGAAAGAAUACAUGGAACCCCAAAAAACUCAAAAUGCAAACCAACCUUGUGCCGAAGUUAAGCUAGAGUUUGAAUUGCCACAGCCGCCACGCUCUAGAAAAGGCGCAUCCACAUCAACAAACCCGGAAACCAGGCGUGCAUAUUGGCGCGAGAGGAAACAAGCUCAAAAACUAAGACAAAAGACCAAACCUGUCAAGAAAAGCCCAGCCCAACAAGAAAAACAAAGGGAGCAAGGGAGACUACGACAAAAAGCAUAUAUGGAACGGAAAAAAAGGCUACAGGUGCCAUGCUCUAGAAAAGCCACAUCCACAUCAACAAACACGGAAACCAGGCGUGCAUAUUGGCGCGAGAGGAAACAAGCUGAAAGACUAAGACUAGUGCAAAGCCAACCAGAGAAAUUAAGACGCAUAAGAGAAGAAGACAGACAACGAAAACGAAACAAACGAGCCAGAGACAAGAUUAAACGCAUUCUAAAACCAAACACGCAAACACUGUCAAACACGCAAACACUGUCGGGAUUUUGUUCUUCGUGCAUGACAUGCCUGAUUGUCAACAAGCCAAUGUGCCAAAGUUCAUGUUACACUGGUGGGAACUUUACAGCAAAGCGUCGGAACAAGAAGGGGCAAGGAAAGAAUGAAGAUGAAGAAAAUAAUCCAGCUGUUCCAGAAGUGCAAACGACAACAGAAGUAGAAUCAUCAACAACAUCCCCUAGUCCUUCCCUCGAGGCUGUUCCCCCAGAUAUAUCAGGUAACACGCAAAUUCCAGAGGAAAUAAAGGUUGAACAGUCUGUUCACGGUACUUUAGACUUGUACUCGGACAAGGGCUCACCUGAAACAGGAGAAGAUAAAAUGGCAGACAAGGAUAAUGAGGGAUCCUUGGAGCUGGUUGAUGAUGGAGCUAAGAAGAGAGUCUUGGCUAUUGGACUUGUAUGUCUAGAUAUAGUCAGUGUCUUAGAUCACUUUCCAAUAGAAGACACGGACACCAGGGUCAAAGAUCAGCUAUGGAAUCGUGGAGGUAAUGCAGCUAAUACAUCUGUAGUGUUAUCCCAGCUUGGAGUAUGUACAGAAUAUAUGGGCACCUUAGCAAAGAGUGUAUUGACAAAGUUAAUGGUUGAUGACCUUACCAAGUAUGGAGUGAAUAUGGACAACUGUUUGUACCAUGACGACUGUGAUGCUCCUGUUUCCUGCGUCAUUAACAACUCUUCUACCGGAACAAGAACAAUACUACACGGCAACAGAUCUCUUCCUGAAGUAAUGUAUAAAGACUUCUUAUUACUUGACCUGAAAAAAUACACAUGGAUCCAUUUGGAGGGUCGAAACAUCACAGAAGUGAUUCAAAUGAUCAACAGAGUGGAUAUGUACAACAAGGAACUGUCGGAAAGUCAAAGAAUUAAGAUUUCCCUUGAACUUGAGAAGCCAAAACUUGAGAUCUGUCUUGAAGAAGUUCUUGCAAGGAUUGAUGUGGUAUUUGUUAGUAAAGAUUUUGCACUGAGCCACGGCUGCAAAAAUGGAGAAGACUGUGUUCAGAUGUUUUCUAAGAAAAUAAAACAAGGAGGUCAGGUUGUCUGCGCUUGGGGCGAGUUGGGAGCUUGGGCUAUUGAUGAAGCAAAUGGUAAAGUUCUUCACUCAACUGCCUACCCUCCAUCUAUAAUUAAAGAUACACUUGGUGCAGGAGACACAUUCAACGCUGGAGUCAUUCAUUACCUUUCUCAGGAUAGGAGUUUACUAGAAGCUAUCACACAUGGUUGCAAAGUGGCUGGAUUUAAGAUUGGAAACCAAGGUUUCAGGAUCCAGCAUUUUACACCCUCAUAAAAACAAUCAGUGGUCAAGUUAGUUUGAUACUAAAUAUUGGAUAUCACAUAGAUCUGUACAGCAAAUGUCAAAUGUUGCUUUUUUAUAUUGGAUAUUGGACUUUCCGGUAGAUUUACAUUGAGUAAUGGCAUAUUGAUUGCAUUACGCAUAAAUUGACGCCACGCGAUAAGCUCCCACGUCACGCCUAUGUUUAAACACUUUUUACUGUGUUAUAUCAUCCGUUCAAACACCUGCACGCGACGCCCUGUCGACCAAUCAGAAUGGAUAAACUGUCCCAGGUAUUUAUGACUGUGAAUUGUAUUCACUGUUUUCAAAAUGGCUACAGAUCUAAACCCUUCACGUCACUACUUGGGAAUUAAUUUCUUUUAGGUUUCCCCUAAAUAAUAUCCUACUUUUAACUGCAACUCAAAUAACAGAAAAAGGUGACACUUUCACACAAAUAAUGACUUAAAACAUUUGUUUUUUUAAUAAAUAUCUUGUGAAUGUUAUACAAUCAUCUAAAAUUUAUAUCCCAGCAGAUUAACAGGGCAAAAUCAAAAGCAGCACUGCACUAAACCCUCUAAACAUUUUAAAACCCAACCAACUUCUAAACUUUAAAACAAUUUUUGUUUCUAUCUACAAGAUUGUCAGCAAGGUGUACACAACCUGCGCAAGUCACUCAUUUAUUUGAACUUUGGGACUCGUUGAAAAGUACAAAAAUUUGAUUCUUGCAAUAAGCAAUGGGGAACCAAAACAGGUUAAAAAAGCUGUUUGAAUUUGUAUGUGAUCUAUUCUAGUAUUGUGAUUGUAUUGACCACAAUAUGCAGAGACUUGAUUCAGGUUUUAAUCUUUAUUUUGUCCAAUGAAGGAAUCGGUAACUCUGAUAUAUUAAAAAAACAAAGAUCUACACAAUGUUUUUUGCAACAUUGUUUAAAGGAACAUUACAGAAUUGGGAAGAAAACAAACUAGUCUAAGAUCUCAGAUUUUCAGUAAACUUUCAUGGUAUAAAAAUGACGAUGGUAGAAAACAUCCCUUGAAAUAUUUCUAUCUGAUUUGUCAUAUAUUUGAUGAGAAAUAAAUAAAACCAAUUUCC